UUUGACAGGUUGAUUAUAUAUUCUACCUACUUCUAUUUUUGAUCCAAAAACCAUCCUUUCUUAAUCCAAUUUCUUUCUAAUCGCUUUGUAAGUUUCUCAGAAGUUGUCAGAAUUUCCAAUAAAGUUUGAGUCUUUUAUCACGGGGUUCUUGUAAUUCAUAAAUCUUGACUUUUUAAUCUCUAUAUUUUUCUUGAUAAUAUUACAAUAAUAAUAAUAAUAAUAAGGGAAUGGGUGGCUGUUUCAGCAAGAAAAAUCACAAUGGCUAUAGAUCUUCAUCAAAGCAUCAAACUUACCAACAUGUUUCUGAAAGUUAUGAAAAACCCACAUCAAACUAUACUCAAGAAACCCAUAACUACCACCAGCAGCCGGUGCCUGUUCCGGCGGCGCCACCAGUAAAGCCCAGGCCUGUCCAGGGUUCAGACCCAAAUACUAUAUUGGGUAAGCCAUUUGAGGAUAUAAGAAGAUACUAUACACUUGGUAAAGAGUUGGGCAGAGGUCAGUUUGGUGUAACAUACCUUUGUACUGAGAAUUCAUCUGGUCAUACUUAUGCUUGUAAAUCGAUUUUGAAACGAAAACUUGCAAGUAAUAAUGACAAAGAGGACAUUAAAAGAGAGAUACAGAUUAUGCAACAUUUAAGUGGUCAAUCUAAUAUUGUUGAGUUUAAAGGGACUUAUGAAGAUAGACAAUCUGUUCAUCUUGUGAUGGAACUUUGUGCCGGUGGUGAGCUUUUCGAUAGGAUUAUAGCUCAAGGACAUUAUACUGAGAAAGCUGCGGCUUCCAUUUGUAGACAGAUUGUGAAUGUUGUCCAUGUUUGUCAUUUUAUGGGUGUUAUGCAUAGGGAUCUCAAGCCUGAAAACUUUUUGCUUUCUAGCAAGGACGAGAAUUCGAUGUUGAAAGCAACUGAUUUCGGGCUGUCUGUGUUUAUCGAAGAAGGGAAGGUGCACCGUGACAUAGUUGGCAGCGCAUACUACGUCGCUCCUGAAGUACUAAGGCGUAAUUAUGGAAAGGAAAUAGAUAUUUGGAGUGCAGGGGUAAUGUUGUAUAUUCUACUAAGUGGUGUACCUCCAUUUUGGGCAGAGACUGAAAAGGGGAUAUUUGAUGCUAUACUAGAAGGUGAUAUUGACUUUGAUAGUCAACCAUGGCCCUCGAUAUCAAGGAGUGCAAAAGAUCUUGUUCGAAAAAUGUUAACACAGGAUCCAAAAAAGAGACUUACUUCUGCCCAAGUUCUUGAGCAUCCAUGGCUUAGAGAAGGUGGAGAAGCAUUGGAUAAGCCGAUAGAUAGUGCUGUGCUGUCCAGAAUGAAGCAAUUCAGAGCAAUGAAUAAACUCAAGAAACUAGCUUUGAAAGUAAUUGCAGAAAGUAUGUCAGAAGAGGAAAUCAAAGGUCUCAAAGCAAUGUUCGUCAAUAUGGACACAGAUAAGAGCGGUUCAAUCACUUAUGAAGAGCUGAAGACAGGACUUGCUAGGCUUGGGUCCAAGCUUUCAGAAGCAGAAGUUAAGCAACUAAUGGAAGCUGCUGACGUGGACGGCAAUGGAACAAUUGAUUACAUUGAGUUCAUUACAGCUACAAUGCACAGACACAGACUCGAAAGAGAUGAGCAUUUAUACAAAGCAUUUUGCCAUUUUGACACAGAUAAUAGUGGAUAUAUCACAAUGGAUGAACUAGAAACAGCCAUGAAGGACUAUGGCAUGGGCGAUGAAGCUACCAUAAAGGAUAUCAUCUCAGAAGUGGAUACUGAUAAUGAUGGAAGAAUUAACUAUGAAGAAUUCUGCACAAUGAUGAGAAGUGGAACUGUACAUCAAGCCAAGCUCUUUUGAUGCCCUUUGCUAGAAAGAAAGAUGUGGACUUGGGCAAGUAUUUAUAGUUGUUAGACUCUCGAGGUAAUGUAGAUGAGGCUUUUUGCGGGGGUUUUCAAUUACCGAGUUUUUGUUUUCUCUUUGAUAUGUCAUAGUUGUUGCUUAAAAGUGUUUGUUUAAGGUUAUGUAACAUACGUGCUUCUUGAUGUUUAGUACUAAAGUGUGCACUAAUGUGAUUUGGAUUGCCAGCCUAA